AGCAUCUCUUUUUUCUGACUUCUUCUCCUUCUUCUUCGCUUUCUCUAAAUUUUCCUGCUCUUCUGCCUCCCCUAUCUCUCUGUGUUUUGCUCAACAAUAUAUAUAGUGAAAUCGUUGUAUUUGGGUCCGUUCUACACCAAAAUCUUCACAAUCAACAAUGCGUGCAACGGACAAUCAGGGUUCUUUUCUGAACCGAAUCAGUAUCCGCCGGAACCAGGUGGUUUCGAUGGACGGAAACCACGAGCAGGACCUCGAGGACCUCGAGCUUUUUCAGAAAUACGUGGCCGACCGCUUCUCCGAUCUCUUAUCAUCCAGUUCUGACGAGGCCGCUGAUUCCCUGCUAUCAGUCUCCUGGCUCCGCAAGCUCGUCGACGUGUUCCUUUGCUGCGAGGCCGAGUUCAAAGCCGUCCUUAUAAUGGGUCGAGAUCCUUCACAGGUUUCCAAGCCCCCACUCGAUCGCCUUGUCCCGGAGUUCCUCGACCGUGUGGUGAAGGCGCUCGAUGUUUGCAAUGCGGUCUCGCACGGGGUCGAAUCGGUCAGACACUACCAGAAGCUUGCUGAGAUCGCUGUCUCGGCUUUCGAACAGAGACCGAUCGGCGAUGGACAGGUUCGCCGUGCCAAGAAGGCCCUGAAUUCUCUGAUGCUGACGCUCGAGGAAAAAGAGGGAAGCAACCACAAGUCAGCGGAGCGAGCCUGGUCAUUCGGGCGCAGAGGUGCCACGAACAAGGACCGAGCCGCGCCCGGGCAAUUCCGAUCCUUGUCGUGGAACAUGGCGAAGGGCUGGUCCGCCGCGAAGCAAAUCCAGGCCAUGUCGGCCAACUUGGUGGCGCCGCGUGGCGCGGAAUCAUCCGGUCUGGCCUCCCCGGUUUACAUAAUGAGCACGGUCACGUUGUUUGUGAUGUGGGCUCUGGUGGCGGCAAUACCUUGCCAGGAGAGGAACGGCUUGUCGACCCAUUUCCCGGUGCCGCGGCAACUGGGUUGGGCCCACUCUAUGUUCGCGCUGCAAGAGAAGAUUGCGGAGGAGUGGAAAAAGAAGAAGGAGAAAACCCGCUUGGCUGGGCUGCUGGAGGAGACGCAGAGGUUGGAGAGGUUGGGUCAGUCCCUGAUCGAAUUGGCCGACUCGUUUCAGUUCCCGGCGGAGGCGGAGCGCUUGGAGGAGAUGGCUUCGCAGGUGGCUGAAUUGGCCGAUACUUGCAAGAAGAUGGAGGAGGGUUUGGUGCCUUUGCAGCAACAAAUCAGAGAGGUAUUUCAUAGGCUUGUGAGGAGCAGGACAGAGGUUCUCGAUGUGCUGGACCAAGUUGGGAAAGUGUCUGCGCCCUCAAUGUAAAAAUGACAUACACCAGGGAGGGGUACCGAGGCCCCUGAAAACCCUGAAGUUCGUAACUUUUUAGGUAGUUUUGUUGAUCCCAGGUUCAAUUUAUUCAUGGCAGAUUGUCGUGUGUGGUCUUGGCCAAUGAACAGGGGGAAAUUUGAACCAGUAAUCGGUACAGGAGUCCCUUUUGGAAGAGUGUAGCUUCAGCCAAUUACCAAAAUUGCGGUGAAGUGCGCAUGGCUUAAUGCGAAAUCUACUCUUUUUUUUUUUUUUUUUUAGUUUUAUGCAGUUAGUUUGUUUUGUUUUUUCUUUGGUAUAGAAGCCUCUUUGGCUGAAGAGAAAUGUACAUAGGCAAUUAAAGUUAAUUUUACUUUGUAUUCGAGGGGCAGAGCAGAAUGAUAGGUUCCUUCUGUGUUGGGAAUGGUUGGUUA